GUUGAGGUUGCGACGAGGAGCAAACACCUCUUUCUCCCACCUCACGGUUGGCGAUGCCAACGUUCCCCGACGGCGACGACGGCGUCGACGCCGGCACCAUGUCAACAGCUCUAUGUCCCCUGGCGAUGUUCGGUCGCACCUGCAAAACCUCCUCGACGACAAGGAGAAACAGCUGCAGAAUGCAGGCACGCUCGGGCAGCAGUUGCUUGCGCAGCGGAUGGAAUUGGAGGAACGGAUCAGGCAGCUGCAGGAGGCGGAGAUGGAUGCUGGUAGUGACGACGAGGACGCAGAGACAAGUGUACGGGAGAAGUACCGAGACUUAGCGGAUACGGUCAAGCAAUGGGAAACGGAGAACGAGCAACUUUCCUUUAUGUUCACUGGAUCGAAGGCGGAUCCGCAAAUGGACCUUACGCGCGAGGUUGAGCGUGUCGAUCGUUCGUCCAAAGCAGCUGCAGCAGCAGCAGCUGGCCCUUCUGCUGCACAGUCGUCGCGGCGUGCCAAGAACGCCGCUCAUCGGGCGGAUGAUGUCGAGUUCGCCUUCGAGAUCGGGAGCGGGCUGUUGACGGAAGUGCGCAGGCUGCAAAGUCUACUUGGAGAGCGCGACAAGGCAAUCCAGGACAUGAAGGAGGAGAAGGAUGACCUGGACAAGACAAUCGAAAGCCUUCGUACGGCGUUGCGCCAGCAGGAGCAGUCAGCGGAUCGGUUCAAGGAGGAGAACUGGAACCUCGAGGUAACCAUGCAAGAGUUACGCACCCAGCACGGAGACGCUCAGGCGUCCGUCGUACGACUCGAGGGAGAGCACAAGCGGCUCACGAAGAUCCUCGCCUCAGCCCGUGAGGCGGCGGACCAGCACAAGAACGAGGCUGAGCGCCAGCAACACGCUUAUGAAGAUCUGAAGGCUAAGCAUGAGACGGAUGUGGCCCAAGCUCGGAAGCACGCAGCGAGCCUCCAACGCGACAAGUCAGACUUGCAGCAGGCUCUCGAUUCCAUGAAGACUGAGGUAGCGAAGGGAAAUCGACGCUUCCCGCGGUUCGGAUCGCCACUCACGCCUAAUGGCGCUGCUGCCACAGACACCCUCACCCCGAGCAACAUUGACGAAGACGACGUAUUCGGGACGACAGGGCGCCCAUCCACCAACAACAGGAAGAACGGUGAUGCUACAGCAUUCUACUCUCCAGAAGCGUUCGACGACACCGAGUCAUCUCCCGAGCCUUCACCUUCGAAGCCGUUCCUUGCGCCGAAUCAUCCUAGCAACGAAAUCGAAGCACUGCAGCAGCGGCUUGCUCAUGCUCAGCGGCAAAUCAAUACGCUCAAGGGCAGCCUGCAGCGCGAGAAAGAGCUCAAGAUCGAGUACAGGCGCAAGCUCGACGCAGGAGGCGAGGCGGAAGAAGUCGAGGAGCCGAAGGCUAAGCCACGUCUGACCCCGUACCGUGCAGCCCGGGGUCGCGGACGAGGUAGAGGGCGAGGUGGUCUAACGCUCAUCCAACGUCUCGGUAUGGCGGCCAAUAGUCCUGAGCCUCGUGAAACUUCGCCGCCACCUCCUGUCCCGCCUCUGCCCGCUGCAUUUCCCGCCGACGAAGACGCUUCCCCUUCUCCACCUCAACCCAACUCUAAUCGCGUCAGCGUGGACGGAAUGGACCCUGCUUUCGCCAACAUACUUCGACGUUCCAACUCAGCCAGCUCACUGCCGAUGAACGGUAGUCCCUUGCGUCAGUCUGUCAUGGCUAUAGCAGCGCGCGGUGGUACGCUCCCGCGCAGGUCGAGAGGCGGUGCCGCAUACCAGGAGGCACGCCCUCCCUCACUCGUCGGCGCGCCGGAGGCUCUUGCAGCGGAACUUGGCCUCGGUUUCGGUGGCAUCAUACGAGAGCAAGAACAGGACACCCUUCGUGCGGUUGAGACUGCCGAGUUUGGAUGCCAGGCCGGGUUCGAGGAUGUCGUCACUCCGCCACCUCCGAUCCAGAUUACUCCUGCGAUGUCCGAGAUGGGUAUUCAAGUCGAACCUGAGCCCGCGCCCGUCGUUCAGACCGUUGACCAGUCGAUGCAAACUGAGGCGAUCUUUGCGCCCGCUCGCACUGACAGCGGCAUUCAGUACGAUAUCGUGCAGCCUGAACGCGUGUUGGUAUCUAGCGCGAUGGGCACGGAGCCGAUCGUCGUCGCGCCUGAACAAGCAGAGGUGCUCCCCAUGCCCACGCUCGUACAGACCGGUGUGCAGACGCCGCGGACUCAGUCUGUCGAGAUCAAUGUCCAGACCUCGGAGGAGCCGGUCCGGGCGCUACCGGAGAUGUCUGAGAUGGAUGUCCAGACGAUGCCUCCGGCCACAGUGGAAGUGCAGACACAAACAAGCCUUCUGGUAUCUGCUGACGCGCAGGUCCAAGCUAUGGAGUCGGAGGUACCGUACAUACGCGCCGUCGACAUGUCUGUCGGGACGUCGUACGGCGAUUCCAGCGGGGAUACCACUGUCCAUGGCCGUCGUCCAGCCUCGCUCGCAUUCUCUCAGGGCUCUCUGGACGAGGACAUGGCGACUGAGACGGGUUCAACGAUGGACUCGAUCACGGAGAACUACCAGAGCGCGCACGAAGGUGCUGUGAUACCGACUCCGACAGACUCGAACGACGACUUCUACUCCAUCAGGACCGUGUCUGACAAUGACUUCUCGGAGACUGAUGACGACAAUGAGAGCGUUGUGGCGUCUCGCCUUCCAAGUCACUUGUCGGCUGUAUCGUCCACGUUCUCAUUCAUGCAGCCGUCGCCUUCGACAUCGUCUCCGGUGAUCACGCCUCCUACUUACGAUUCGAAAGCUGUCGAGACGGAGGUUGUGGAGGAGGUACCGGUCCAAACUGUUCCAAUUGCCGCAGUGACCCAGCCCAAGCCAGAGGUCAGGGAGAUAUCGAUCCAGACUGAUGACUGGGUGUCUCCCCCAGCUGCUGUACCUGCAGUCGUUCCAAUCACCGCUCCGCCCACGCCAGCCCCCAUACAGCCUCCACCCUUGUAUCUUCAUCUCUCCACCGUCGUCUGCUGGGCCUACACAACGUCGAUGCCUCCUGUUGCCGCUCCUUCGCCCAAUACCACCAUCCGUGACUCGAAUGCUACCUUCAUUGCGCGCCCUCGUACUUCUCAUUCCGACCGGAGGCAGUCUAUCGAGUCUACGUUGUCGUCGAUCAUGGACGACAUAUCCAACCGUGCCCGAACACCGUCCGUCAUUCCAGCCGUCAUCGACAAAACCCGUCCGCCAAUGAUGACAUUGCCUCCGCCACCCCGCGCCCCUCCGCCACCUAACAGCAUGCUUCCACCUGCCUUCAUACCCGACAAGAGGCUUUCCCAGGACGCACCCCCGCCUCGACCGUCUUCGCCGCCCCCGCCUGAACUGAUUCAGCGUGCCACGACACCUCUCGGCAGCGUGUUAUCUGUCCCAGGAGCACGACCAUUUGGCCUCAGGCAGCAUGGCUCCAGUAUGCCUCCUUCACAGAAUGGCCUUCGUGAACUGCCGUCGACCAGCAGCUUCCGCUCCGCUGCUAAUGCCGCCUCCCGCGCACCUUUGUCGAGCCCCACACCGUCUACCAUGUCAUUCGGCAUCAAGGAGCGUCGUGAGCGUUCUACGACCUCUCUGAACUCGGGUGGGCAUAGCUUGGGUUCUCAGCGUUCGUCCAUAUCUUCUGAUCACCAUGGCUUCCAACCGUCACAACGCCUUGCUGAAGCCGGAGCGGUUGGAGACCGCUCUGCCGACGUGUCUGCUCGUACAGCUGCGGUUGGCUCAACAGAUCCUACCGUGAUCCAUGCCAUCACACAGACGAUGAUAGGUGAAUUCCUCUACAAGUACACGCGACGCACGAUCGGCAAGGGACCCGGAAAUUCCAGGCAUAAGCGCUUCGUUUGGAUCCACCCCUAUACGCGCACUCUGUACUGGAGUUCAGCUGACCCGGGCUCAUCCAACGUUGCCGAGUCAAGUGCCAAGAGCGCAUAUAUCGAAGGUGUACGAUCCGUCCUUGACCCCAACCCUAUGCCUCCUGGUAUCCAUCAAUACAGCGUAGUGGUGUCUACGCCGCAACGCGAGAUGAAGUUCACUGCGCCAACGAAAGAUCGGCAUGAUAUCUGGUUGAAUGCGUUGAAGUAUCUGCUGACUCGUCCGAGUGCCAUCCCAGCGAAUUCACCGGGCGGCCCCGUCGCAGCACCUCUGAGUCCGAUGUCUAUCGACAGAGAGCUGCCAGAUGAUGAACCGUCUGUUCGUCCAAACGUCCUGGCUAGCCCGCAGAGCCAACGUAGCACUCGGACAGGCAGAACGGCGCUGAGUGCGGACUCAUGGAACGUGACUCCCCGUGGCCAACGGAGUCGUUCACAGAUAUCGCUUGGUGGUUCGAUCGGCAAGCGCGCCGGGACUCCGGCGGCAGAGUAUCUUCGUUGGAGCGAGCGUGGUGAGCAGGAGCUGCUGCACAGUCCUACGAAGGACUAUGAGCACAUCCCUGGUCCAGACGACGGGGAAUUAGACUUCGAGCUGCAUGACGAGACCAUGUCUGACGGCGGCUUCGAAGGCUUGGAGAAUGUGCGGGCUUGCUGUGAUGGGAGGCAUACGGUGGGACGUUCGGGGAUACCUGACCACCACCAUCACCACCAUCAUCACCACGACCACGAUCAUCUUCACCGCGAACCAUCUCGUACGUUGGAUCAACACCUCCAUGCGGCACCGAAAGAGAUGUCCCGGCCAUCUUCGCCGGCAUGGUCAUUCCGCUCUCGGGCAGGUAGUUCCACCUCCCACGAAGGUGCAGGCUUCUUCUCGCGGUUUGGGACAAAGCGGUCAACGAGAGCUGUACAAGGUGUAUUCGCUGGGGCACAGGAGCAAUAUUAAGGCUUGAUAAUGGUCACUGUAUCGUAUCUGCAUUUUAUUGGAAGGUCGCGCGCUGCUA